AUCAGUACUCUAUAUAUCAUCAGUAUACUAUUCGAAAAAAAAAAAAAAGAUUUUCACGUUAGUCUUAAUGGACCAGCAAUUUUAGUGAAACACACCGAAUAUAUCUAUAUCUGUAAUAGUCACUAGUAUCUAGUUCCUAGGUACUAGAUACCACAUACCUAUUUUACCAACUUUGACAUUUUUGUUGUUGUUUCUUGUCAAAUCAGGUUUUAAAAACACUGAAAAACAUACCUACUCUUUGUAAAAAACUUGAUAGGCGAUAGGCUGCUCAAAUUCUUUAGAUAGGCUGAAUUAUAACUGAGUCGUUGCAGUUAGUCUAUUAAUGUGCACAAUAAAAUAAUUAAAAUACAGUUUAAUGCUAGAGUUUCUUGUUAAAGAGUUAUUAAGAAAUUUAUUAUGUGAAAAUAAUAUUUUGUACAAAAUAUAUCUACGUGUUAUCGAGACGUCGAUAGUAAAAAAAAUAUUUACUCGUUAAAUUUAGCUUUAUGCUUAACGUUUAUAAUCUAAUCUAAAUAUUUCCUAGAACUGCUAAUUGAAUAAGUGUAUUUUACUAUCUGUUAUCGAUAAUAUAUUUAAUUUUCGUGUUAAUUUUUGAUUUACUUAAAUAGUCAAAGUUUAAUUUCAAUUCAUCUAUUAGUGAAAUAUUAAAUUUGAAAGUAUAAGAAAUAAGAAUAUACACAUGUUAGUGAUGAGGCGAUUCUGUUUUAGGAUUUUAAGGCUCCGUAACCUUUUAGCUAUCACCUUACUAUUAAUUUUACUCUACAUAAUAAAAAAUAACACUGAAGUCAGAACAAUAGCAGAUGUUGCCAAACCAGUGCAGAAGACAUUACAAAAAUUUUUACAAAGAGAAAAUGAUAAGGGGUACUUCGUGCCUACUAGUUUAAAGAAAAUUGAUUGGCACAAUUAUCAACAAAUUGAAUACGAGAGAAAACGAGAUGGUAUCGGCGAACAUGGCCUACCUGCUCACCUUCCAGAAAAAGACUCUGCGAUAGAGAAAGAUCUCUACGCCGUGAAUGGCUUUAAUGGAGCACUCAGUGACAAAAUACCACUUAAUCGCUCAUUACCGGAUAUACGUCAUCAAGGUUGUCAAAAGAGAUUGUACAUAGAAUCGUUACCCACAGUCAGCGUGGUUGUGCCUUUUCACAAUGAACACUGGAGUACGUUGCUCAGAACGGCAUACAGUGUCCUCAACAGAUCGCCUACGUUCUUGAUUAAGGAGGUGUUUUUAGUGGACGAUGCUAGUACAAAAGAUUUCCUUAAGCAAAAGUUAGAGGAUUAUUUAUCGAAGCACUUGCCUAAAGUCAAAGUUAUUCGCUUGGAGACACGUAGUGGACUAAUAGCUGCUAGAUUAGCCGGAGCUAAACAGGCAAGCGCUGAUGUUCUUGUGUUUUUGGAUUCGCACACUGAAGCUAAUGUGAAUUGGCUGCCACCACUGCUAGAGCCGAUAGCGCUGGACUACCGCACCGUGGUGUGCCCGUUCAUCGACGUGGUCGCGUACGACACGUUCGAGUACCGCGCGCAGGACGAGGGCGCGCGCGGCGCCUUCGACUGGGAGCUGUUCUACAAGCGGCUGCCCGUGCUGCCGCGCGACGAGGAGAACAUGCCGGAGCCCUUCGAGAGUCCAGUAAUGGCGGGGGGUCUGUUCGCGAUUUCUCGGGUAUUUUUCUGGGAGCUGGGAGGUUACGACGCGGGUCUUGACAUAUGGGGCGGUGAACAGUACGAGCUUAGCUUUAAGAUAUGGCAGUGUGGCGGUCGUAUGUUAGACGCGCCUUGUUCCCGUGUGGGCCACAUAUACCGGAAGUUCGCUCCCUUUCCCAACCCAGGACAUGGAGAUUUUGUUGGAAGGAACUACCGACGCGUAGCUGAGGUAUGGAUGGACGAGUAUGCUCAGUACCUCUAUCGACGUCGGACUCACUACCUUCGAAUAGACCCCGGGGACCUCUCCGAGCAGAAGGCCUUGAGGGAACGACUGCAUUGCAAACCUUUCCGCUGGUUCAUGACACAGAUUGCAUUCGAUUUAACAGCUAAAUAUCCACCAGUUGAACCAAAUCCUUUCGCGGAAGGGCAGAUAAGGCCGGCGACACACCCGCAGUUCUGCGCGGACGCGCACCGCGGCGCGCAGCUGGAGCGCGUCCUCCUGAAGGCCUGCACUCGCGCCGUCGCCGCCGAGCAGGACUUCCAGCUGUCCUGGCACAAGGAUAUCAGAUCCAAAAAUCGUAACAUGUGCUGGGAUGUUCCCGACUCGUCUCCGAAGAGUCCCAUCCUUCUCUAUAACUGUCACCUUGGCGGCGGAAACCAGCUGUGGCGGUACUACCCGGACACAAAACGCCUAAAGCACGGUACAAACGAUAACUGUCUAGACUGGGACCCACCGACCAGAUCUCUAUACAUAAAACCUUGUGAUGAUUCAGACACUCAGAUGUGGGUUAUCGAUAACGUUGAUCAAGAUAUGAUGGCUCAGUGGGACACCGUUGCUAAGAGAGUUACCGGCCCUGUCGAGCCGUAUACAGACUAAUAUUACUUAUGUACAGUUACAAGAGGCAUUUAAAUUAUAUGACAUU